UGAAUAAGAAUAUAUAAGUAAUAGUAACAUAAGUAGUAGCAAGUAGAAGAAGUACAAGAAUAUAAAGGAAUAGAAAGAGGACAAAGUAUUAUUUUGUUUCGUCAACGAAUAUUACGGAAUUAAAACGUUAAUUGUAGUAGUAUACUUUUACUCAGCAUCAUAUAUAUAUACAUACAUAUAUAUACCCAUUCAACACAAACACACACUCAUUGACUGGUUCACAUUCUAGUUGAGAGCUGGUGUAUGGGUUUGCGUCAUUUGUGAAUUGUAUCCUCAAGUAUUGGAUGGGUUGGUAUGGUUCUAAAUGUGUGUGACGCAUCAACGAAAAACUGCAAGCUGGCACCGUAGACCCACGUAAAAAAAACGUUAUAUUCUUCAGAACACCAGCAACUACUUACUUCAUAUUUAUUGUAUUUAAAUAAAAUAUACAGUCGCCGAAAAUCUGCAGUAAAAAAAUAAUUUAACGAUACGAGUUUUUUUUUUAAAUUAUAAUAAUGAACAAGAGUUGUGCCCGGUGUGAAAAAACGGUAUAUCCUAUCGAGGAGCUUAAAUGUCUUGAUAAGAUAUGGCACAAGCAGUGUUUCAAGUGCCAAGGAUGCAGCAUGACCCUCAAUAUGAGAACUUAUAAGGGUUUUAAUAAACAACCGUACUGUGAAGCGCACAUACCAAAAGCAAAAGCCACAACGAUGGCCGAAACACCGGAACUAAAACGUAUUGCCGAGAAUACAAAGAUACAGAGUAAUGUUAAGUAUCAUGCUGAAUUUGAAAAAGCUAAGGGUAAAUUUACACAAGUAGCUGAUGAUCCAGAGACACUAAGGAUUAAACAGAAUAGUAAAAUAAUAUCAAAUGUUGCGUAUCACGGGGAGUUGCAGAAGAAAGCGAUUAUGGAGCAAAAGAGAACGAUGACGGGAGAGAAUGACGAACAAAUAGAGUACGUAGAAUAUACAGACGGUUCAAUAGCACCUGCGAGCAGUGUUAUUAAUGCUAACGUUAACGCUAACGCUAAUGCUAAUACUGCAAUGCCGGUGAGAACAGUAAGUCCUGUUAAUAAAAUGCCAGGAAAAAUAGCUGACUAUGAUCCCAUAACUGAGGCUAGACCCAGUCCAUACUCAGCUAGACAAGCAGCCACUACUGUUAUCUAUACAAGUGAUAAGGGCGCAGUAACAAAUCCACCGGCAAGAAAAAUAGGAUCUGUUGCUGACAUCGAUCCAGUCAAUGAGUAUUACGGAUCUUUAACGCCUGGUAUUAAUAAUAAUAAUAAUAAUCAUGUUCCACAACAGCAACAGCCGCACCCGCCUCCGGUACAAGCCAAUACUCUGAGAGUCUACCGCGCGUUAUAUGAUUACGAGGCGCAAGAUGUAGACGAAGUGAGCUUCUGCGACGGCGACCUUAUUCUCAACUGUACGGCAAUCGACGAGGGCUGGAUGACGGGUCUUGUACAACGAACCGGACGUCACGGAAUGUUGCCAGCUAAUUAUGUUGAACCAGCCCAUAUUUAAUAUAUUAUUAUUAAAUAAUAUAUAUAUAUAUUAUCAAACAAUUUACAUUCACGAUUUUAUUUAUACAGUUGUCUACAUUACUAAUAUUUUAUUUACGCUGAUUAAUAUUAUUAAUGUGGACUUAAUAUGAGAGGGAGAGACAAACAUAAUUAGAAAAAAAAUUAUAAAGAAGAGGAAAUAAUUGUCAUUAUAUCAAGGGACCACAUAUAUUUUCUUAUAAAGUGUACACUUUGUUAUUGCGUAAUAUUGACGUAGGAUUCAGGAGAUUAUUAAUUAAUAGUUUAUAGCUAAUUAUGGAACAGUGCCUUUUAUAACUUUCCGAUAGCAUUUAUAUUUAUAUACAUAUAUAUAUAUAUUAAAUAAAAUCAUUCCGUGAUCUUCCAAUUGUUUAGACAAUCCAUUAAAUAUUAAAAGUUAAUUUAAAAAAAUGAUAAAUAUUUUGAGUUUAAAAAAUAAUAAUUUUUUGUUGAAUAUAAAUGCCAUGAGUAUGUAAAUUACUCAUUAGCUUAGAAGGAAAUAUUUAAAUGUUAAUUUAAAAUAAUUAAAGUGUUGAAAAUUACAAGAUUUUAAUAACAGUUAACACAUUUUAUUAUUUUCUUGAUUAAUAGAAGGCUUAGGAAUUUAAAUAAAUUACAAUAUUAAUUAAUGUUGCGAUUUAGACCAUUUGUAAAUUUAUAAAAACAACUAAUUAAGUUGUUAAUUUGCCUUUUAAAUUAUAAUUUAAAUAAUUAAGUAUUUUUUGAUGAAUAUUAAAUAAAAACAAAUGAUAAAUAACUUUUGUAAUUACUGAUAGUUAUCGAUAAAAAUUCGGGUUAAGAUUAAUUGAGUUGAUAAAAAAAUUUAAUAUGAUUAUUAUAUCACUUUUAAUUACGAUAUAAUAUACAUAUUAAUAUGUGCAUUAUGUAGAUCAAAGUUUACUAUCUACUUAUUAUAUUUUCAUUCAAUAACAAUAAUCAUAAUAAUAGUAAUUAAUAUUAUUAUUAUUUUAUUUGUGCUAAUA